AUGAAAUUGUGGCUCGCUUCUCCGCAUCCUGACAUCGCUACAGCGGCAGUCGUCUUGACCUUCGGCCCUUCCCAGUUGGAGGCCCUACAACAGUUGCUGGCCUCUGACCCUAUGCGGGUUGGGUUCGGCCUGAGACUUGCUAUCACUCAGCGACACGAGAUCGGGGCCUUGCGUCAG